CAUCUCCAAUUCUCCACCACAGUUAGCCGAGAGAGGGAGAGAGUGAGGAACCCUAAUCGUCGAAGAUGCCUGCCGGUCACGGUCUUAGAUCUCGCACCAGAGACUCCUUCUCUCGCCCCUUCAGGAAGAAGGGAACCAUCCCCCUCACCACCUACCUCCGUACGUACCGCAUCGGCGACUACGUCGACGUCAGAGUUAACGGCGCCGUCCACAAGGGUAUGCCUCACAAGUUCUACCAUGGCCGCACCGGUCGUGUCUGGAAUGUCACCAAGCGCGCCAUCGGCGUCGAGGUCAACAAGCAGGUGGGAAACCGGAUUAUCAGGAAGAGAAUUCAUGUGCGUGUGGAGCAUGUGAUGCCAUCCCGUUGCACUGAGGAGUUCCGUCUCAGGAAGGUUAAGAAUGAUCAGCUGAAGGCCGAGGCUAAGGCCAAGGGUGAGGUGAUCAGCACCAAGAGGCAGCCUGCUGGGCCCAAACCAGGUUUCAUGGUUGAAGGCGCCACAUUGGAGACUGUCACUCCUAUUCCAUAUGAUGUGGUUAAUGACCUCAAAGGGGGCUACUAGGUUCCUGUUUGUUAGACUGCUUAUUUUUGUUUGGGUUCUUAGUUACCCUAUUUUGUUUUUUCAUUUGAGGGAGCUUUAUAUUUUGUGAUCAAUCAGACUUAAUUUUGACUUGUUUCUUUCUAAAUACAAUGGCAUGUUCUAUCAUGCUGGUUAUUAUUACCCCCUUUUAUGGAUUUUGUUCUCUGAA